GCGGCGCGUUUUCGUGGACGCCGAUCGACUCGCCGAUCCGCCGCUAAAUUGGCGUUCGAUCGUGUCCAACGAGCUCGCAACCCCACCAGAACCGGAGCUUCGCAACGAGCUUCUUCCUUCCAAUUCCGACCUCCACCUGGACCGGAGCGGCCGCCUGUCCUGUUUGGAGUCUCUCUCGCUCGUCUCGAUCGCCGCCACGCCGCCACAGCCAAUCUGCUGCAUCAUCGGCGGCGAGCGGAUCGCCGCCGCCACCUAGCUUAAUUCUCUCUUAGCAUUUCCGAUCAAACUUUGCGUGCUCGUCGAUCGAUCCACUGUGGAUCGAUAGAUAUCACGGACGACAGAGGGGGGCCUGAACUUUGAAGGGGAUCUGACCCAGGCAUCAGCAGAGUAAAGAUUGGACAUGACCCACGCAUCAUCAGUGCAGUAAAGAUUGGACGCAUGGAUUUCCUCAAAAGUUCUUGGACGAUGGGCGUUUGCGGGAGCCCAUUUUGCUCCAAGCAAGCCGUAGCCUCAUGUGGAUGGAAGGACAUAUUCGACUCCUCCACUUGCACGAAUCAUAUUCUGUCAAUUGGCAUUUCUACUCUGAUCACCAUCGUUCUUGCGCUCCAGCUACUCGUCAGGGUUACAAAGAGCAGGGCAUCUGCACGACAGCAGCUUGUCGCGCUCAGUUCGCCACUGCAGUUGGCUGGUGUAGUGCUCAAUGUCUGCUUGGGUCUCAUUUAUCUUGGCCUUGCAUUGUGGAUGCUGUGGAGGAACUUCAGUCAGCAUGCUUCUGUUCACCUUCCACAUUGGUGGAUGGUGACCUUAUGUCAGGGAUUCUGUCUGAUCCUUGUCAGUUUUGCUUUCAGCAUCAGAGCACAUUUCUUUGGACCAAAAUUUCUCCGCGUUUGGUCAGUUAUGCUGGCCAUAUAUGCUGGUUUUAUUUGUUGUUCCUCGGUUGUUCACAUGGUUGUAGAUAAAGUACUAACCGUGAAGGCUUGUUUAGAUGUUCUAUUCCUACCAGGUGCACUGCUACUCCUUGUUUAUGGCAUUUGGCACGUCAGGGAAGAUGGUGAUGGAGGAAUUGAAAGUGCUUUAUAUAAGCCCUUGAACACUGAGACUGUUGAUGAUGGCAGGGCCGAUUCUCAGAGUCAUGUAACCCCAUUUGCUAAAGCUGUUUUUUUCAGCGUGAUGUCAUUUUGGUGGCUAAAUCCUAUGAUGAAGAUGGGUUAUGAGAAGCCCCUUGAGGAGAAAGAUAUGCCACUUUUAGGUCCCUCAGAUCGAGCAUAUAGCCAGUACAUGAUGUUUCUGGAGAAGCUGAACAGGAAGAAGCAGUUGCAGGCACAUGGCAAUCCGUCAAUCUUUUGGACUAUCAUUUCUUGUCAAAAAAGUGCAAUCUUGGUCUCAGGUCUCUUUGCAUUGCUCAAGGUUCUUGCAUUAUCUUCAGGUCCAUUGCUUUUGAAAGCAUUCAUCAAUGUUUCACUUGGGAAAGGGUCAUUUAAGUAUGAAGGUUACGUGUUAGCUGUAACAAUGUUCAUUUGUAAAUGUGGUGAAUCUUUGUCACAGAGGCAGUGGUAUUUCCGCACUCGGAGGUUAGGACUCCAGGUGCGGUCAUUCCUAUCAGCUGCCAUCUAUAAGAAACAACAGCAGCUAUCAAACUCAGCAAAAUUGAAGCAUUCUUCCGGUGAGAUCAUGAACUAUGUCACUGUCGACGCCUACCGGAUUGGUGAAUUCCCAUACUGGUUCCAUCAGACGUGGACAACAGGUGUCCAACUUUGCAUUGCUCUAGUGAUUCUGUAUAAUGCAGUUGGUCUUGCUACAAUUGCAUCACUGGGUGUCAUAAUUGUCACUGUAGCUUGCAAUGCUCCACUGGCCAAGCUGCAACACAAAUUUCAGAGUAAACUUAUGGGAGCACAAGAUGUGAGACUGAAGGCGAUGUCAGAGUCCUUAAUUCAUAUGAAAGUCUUGAAACUUUAUGCAUGGGAGACUCAUUUCAAGAAGGUCAUUGAGGGGUUAAGGGAGAUUGAAAUCAAAUGGCUUUCAGCAUUCCAGCUUAGGAAAGCAUACAACAGUUUCCUGUUUUGGACAUCACCUAUUUUGGUUUCGGCUGCAACCUUCCUGGCAUGCUAUCUUCUGAAAAUUCCUCUUGAUGCUAGCAACGUCUUCACAUUUGUGGCCACUCUGCGCCUUGUUCAAGAUCCAAUUAGGCAGAUACCAGAUGUGAUUGGAGUUGUGAUACAAGCUAAAGUUGCUUUCACCAGGAUAACAAAGUUUCUUGAUGCGCCUGAGAUGAAUGGACAGAUUAGGAAGAAAUAUUGUGUGGGGGAUGAAUAUCCAAUAGUGAUGAACUCUUGUAGUUUCUCAUGGGAUGAGAACCUGUCAAAACCAACUCUAAAGAAUAUAAAUUUGGUAGUCAAAGCUGGACAGAAGGUUGCAAUAUGUGGCGAGGUAGGAUCAGGAAAGUCAACACUGUUGGCCGCAGUUCUUGGAGAGGUUCCGAAAACUGAAGGCACGAUCCAAGUUUGCGGGAAAAUAGCAUAUGUUUCUCAGAAUGCAUGGAUCCAAACUGGAACCGUGCAAGACAAUAUUCUCUUUGGGUCUUCGAUGGACACGCAAAGAUACCAAGAAACACUUGAGACGUGUUCUUUAGUAAAGGACCUUGAAAUGUUGCCAUAUGGAGACCGUACUCAAAUCGGGGAGAGGGGUGUAAAUCUUAGUGGUGGUCAGAAGCAGCGUGUUCAGCUUGCUCGUGCAUUAUACCAAAAUGCAGACAUCUAUCUUCUUGAUGACCCUUUCAGCGCUGUGGAUGCCCACACAGCAACAAGUCUCUUUAAUGAAUAUGUCAUGGGAGCUCUAUCAGACAAGACUGUUCUUUUGGUGACCCACCAAGUAGAUUUUCUGCCUGUAUUUGAUUCUAUUCUGUUAAUGUCAGAUGGCGAAAUUAUUCGUUCUGCAUCUUACCAUGAUCUAUUGGCAUAUUGUCAAGAAUUUCAGAACCUUGUAAAUGCCCAUAAAGACACUAUUGGUGUUUCAGAUCUAAACAAAGUGCCCCCCCAUAGAGCAAAUGAAAUAUCGAUGAAGGAGACAAUUGAUAUUCGUGGAAGCAGAUACAUAGAGUCUGUGAAGCCGUCACCAACAGAUCAACUGAUCAAGACAGAAGAAAGAGAAAUGGGUGAUACUGGUUUCAAGCCUUAUAUUCUCUACCUGCGUCAGAAUAAAGGCUUCUUGUAUGCCUCUCUGGGUAUUUUUUGCCAUAUAGUUUUUGUAUGUGGCCAAAUAUCACAGAAUUCAUGGAUGGCUGCUAAUGUCGAGAAUCCUGAUGUUAGUACACUUAAGUUGACUUCUGUGUACAUUGCAAUUGGAAUCUUCACGGUGUUCUUCUUGCUAUUUAGAUCAUUAGUAGUUGUUAUUCUUGGGGUCAAGACAUCAAGAUCCUUAUUUUCUCAGUUACUGAACUCAUUAUUCCGUGCACCAAUGUCCUUUUAUGAUUCUACCCCUCUUGGAAGGGUACUUAGCCGGGUUUCUUCAGAUCUGAGUAUUGUUGACCUUGACAUUCCAUUUGCCUUCAUGUUUAGUGCUAGUGCCGGCAUAAAUGCAUAUAGCAAUCUAGGAGUAUUGGCUGUUGUUACAUGGCAAGUUCUGUUCGUUUCUGUGCCAAUGAUUGUUUUGGCAAUCAGAUUGCAGAGGUAUUAUUUAGCCUCAUCUAAGGAAUUGAUGAGGAUCAAUGGCACUACCAAAUCUGCUCUGGCUAAUCACUUGGGCGAGUCGAUUGCAGGGGCUAUAACAAUAAGGGCCUUCCAGGAAGAAGAUCGUUUCUUUGAGAAAAAUUUGGAACUUGUUGACAAGAAUGCUGGUCCAUAUUUCUAUAAUUUUGCAGCGACUGAAUGGCUGAUUCAACGUUUGGAGAUCAUGAGUGCUGCAGUGCUUUCUUUUUCUGCCCUUGUCAUGGCUCUUCUUCCUCAAGGAACUUUUAGCCCUGGCUUUGUGGGAAUGGCAUUAUCUUACGGCCUAUCCCUGAAUAUGUCCUUUGUUUUCUCUAUCCAAAACCAGUGCCAGCUAGCAAGUCAAAUCAUCUCUGUGGAAAGAGUGAACCAGUACAUGGACAUACCAAGUGAAGCAGCAGAGAUUAUUGAAGAAAAUCGACCAGCACCAGACUGGCCCCAAGUUGGCACGGUAGACCUUAGAGAUUUGAAGAUUAGAUACAGGCAAGAUGCUCCUCUUGUACUACAUGGAAUCACCUGCACUUUCGACGGUGGAGAUAAGAUUGGUAUAGUUGGCCGAACAGGAAGUGGAAAGACAACUUUAAUUGGUGCGUUGUUUCGUCUUGUUGAGCCAACUGGAGGGAAAAUAAUUAUAGACUCUAUAGACAUCACCACAAUAGGCUUACAUGACCUGCGUUCACGUUUGGGUAUCAUUCCGCAAGAUCCGACACUCUUUCGAGGAACCAUAAGAUAUAAUCUAGACCCUCUUGGCCAAUUCUCGGAUCAACAAAUAUGGGAGGUUCUUGGCAAAUGUCAGCUUCUUGAAGCUGUCCGGGAGAAGGAACAGGGAUUGGACUCACUUGUUGUGGAAGAUGGUUCUAACUGGAGCAUGGGUCAAAGGCAGCUCUUCUGUUUGGGACGUGCACUUCUAAGGAGAUGCCGUAUCUUAGUUCUCGACGAGGCCACAGCAUCUAUAGACAAUGCUACUGAUGCUAUCCUUCAGAAAACAAUCAGGACAGAAUUUACAGAUUCCACUGUUAUCACUGUCGCGCACCGUAUACCCACUGUUAUGGACUGCGAUAUGGUACUUGCAAUGAGUGAUGGGAAAGUAGUGGAGUAUGACAAACCUACGAAGCUCAUCGAAACCGAAGGAUCUCUUUUCCGUGAGCUCGUCAAAGAGUACUGGUCAUACACAUCGAAUGGAAAUAUUUAGGAGAAAUCGUGACAGUGUACGUUUACUCACUCGCUGCAGCCUUGUAAAAAGAUACAAAGACCCUGUGCUCAGACAUGCGAAGAACUCUUCUGAAGUAUAUGAAGAAAAGGUAUCAGGCACUUUCAGGAAGUGCUUUUGUUAACUAGUACUAGUAGUUUUCAGGUGACAUUUUGAAGGACUUUGGGGCAGCUUCUAUUUUUCUGGUCAAAUUGCUGCCCUUCAAGCGGAACAGAGGGAAACCUGUCCCUAAAAAGGAACAAAAGGAAACCUUCAGCAUUCAUUUGCUGCAAUAGCGAGCUAAUAAGAGGCAAAAUGGGUGGUAGGCACAUCAAGUCUGCAGCCGUGAUACUGCAUUGUUCAGAAAAAUGCUUAGGCGAUAGGCUAUUCCAAGGCUUCAAACUUUAUGGUGUAUACUUUACAUUCCCAAUAUAAGCCGAAAGUGUGUAUAUAAUUUUGGGGAAAUAAUGACUUUUCAGCUCUUUCUUGCUCAUGUUUAAUGUAUAUUCAUCAGUCACUGGAGCCAAGCCAACCAACUUGGUGGUAA